AUGUCGAAACAGACUUUCUUUCUCCUUGCUUUUGUCUCUCUGGCUCUCGCGCAUCACCCAAAAUGUUACUUACCCUUAUCCCAAGGAACCGAUAAAAACUGUGGCUAUGCUCCAUCUCAAAGAUUCCACUUCGAUCCUGUCACUAACCAAUGCCAUGCAUUCCAAUACAAGGGAUGUGGUGGAACUAUGAACAACUAUGAGACUCUCACAGAAUGCGCACAAAAUUGUGACCUCGAUCCAAAGAGCUACAUCCAAUGCCCCCUUGGAACUCCCCCAGUGUUCAACAGUCACGAUAUGAGCGAUUGCCCAGUGAGCGAUUCUGAAACUGGAGAAGGAUGUGAGAGCAAGGAUGCCUACUGCGUCAGCUUCCUGACUAUAGGAUUGUGCUGCAACCGAACCGUUGUGGAUGGGUUAGCAGAGGAUAAAAGUGAUACAUGUCCAUCUGGAAAUGCUCGUUGGCAAGUUGAUGGACUUACUGUGUUGGCUAAAUCAUGUGAUGCCGUCACUUGUCCAGAUGGGUUCUCUUGCAAAAAUGGAAACUUUUUCUCGUAUUGCUGCGAGGAUCAAGUUGCACAGAAAUAA